CUAUGAUUUGCGGUAGGGUACCGACUCCAUCGGCGUCAGUGUUCCCGUAGGCUUGCGGUUGUCAACGUUUCCAGUCCAGAGCAUCUUGAGGCACUUUUAGUGGCGCGGAUUCAUGCGUUGCCGAACGAUGACAAUCCUUCUUUAGAGCUCUCACUAUCACGUUUUUUUCUUUCCCUCCGAUAUUAGUCUACGUGAAUAACCUUGUUUUCCCCGGAUACGACUUAACCCAUCUUUCCUUUCGUACGUAGUAAGCGCUAUAUUCGGUCCUUCUACAAACUUUCGGUCAAGCAACGAUGAUAAGUACCUGUUUGGAUCUCGCACUUUUGUGCCACCCUGUACUUGCACUCCUCACAAUCCAACGGUCCAAGAUGCAGACGCAGCAAUCGUGGUGGCAGUAUUUUCUGCUCAGUUUUCUGUCUUUACUGGCUAUCCGCUAUGCCAGCAGCGCUAGCACACCGUUGAAUACCACUCUCGACGCAGUUGCCGCAAUUACAUGUCAAUCGGAAGACCAGCCAAACCCAAUUGCAUCGACAUAUCCAAACAACGCUACUGGGGUCCUCAAUGGCACAGUUUCAAUCGUCCCUAUCCCACUGGAUCUCGCACGCCAACUGAUUCCCUCACAAUACCGCAUCUUGGAACACGCAUACCGCCACCUCCUCCCUGCAUUCCCAAAAGACAUGUACCCCGCCGUCGUCCAAGCCGUGCACGACCACGACAUCCAAUUCGCAGGCUUCAAAAUCCCAGACUUCUCACGCGCAGGAAUUGAAUUCCCCUUCCUCGACCUCCUAGGCGACAACUCCACAUCCUUCAAAUGGGUUCCCUCCCUCUUAAUGUCUGCCGACAACGCCGCCGCUAUCCAAGGAGCACAGGCUUACGGCACAACUACCUACCCCUCUACCUUUGACCCCACAUGCAACUCCUACCGUGCCGUCCCCAACGCCCCGAACCCUGGCACUACUUCCUACAGCGGCCGCAGUGUCGAGUCCGGGGCCGCGUGUGCAGACACACAAUUCCACAGCACGACCGAGGCGCCGUACCCGCUGGGCUUCUUCGUCAACGUUACAAAUCAGAUUAUUUUUGCAGAUGGCAAAUCGUGCGAUAAUAUGAUUCGCCUGUUUAACACGAGUUUGAGUACGGCGCCGAAUCGUAUUGAGAAUGUAAAGGGAUCUGUGCGUGCGAAGAUGGAGCCGUUUAAGACAGAGCAGGUGUGGGAUGGCGUUUACGGUAUCAGAUUUGCUUCUGCGUUCAUUGAGAACAAUUACCUCCCGUGUGAGAACUUUCGGGGCUACGGGGCGUAGGUUUCUGCUGAAAAUCCGGAAAGGAAAGGGUAGGAUAGGGUUUGUCAGUCCCCUACGACAUGGCUGUCGUUAUGAUAUGAGGGAAUUCGGGAACAGGUGUUACUUUUUUAAUGGUUAAGGGAGAAGUAAAAGGGAUACCCGAUUUGCAGUUGUUUUAGAGCAUUGUAAAUACAUGCAUACAAUACCAUCACCUACUUAUUCAUCAUUUCGAG